AUGGCGACAGAGGGGUUUCGUAGAGGAGACGAUCUCCCAGCUCUGGGAUCUUUAAUCGCAAAUCGUGGCGAAGUUUGCUACAUUGUUGUGGAAUUCGAUAAAGAAAAAGCGGAAAGUGAUAAGAAAAAUUUUUCCUUGGCCGAUGUAUCACCAUUCCUAAUUCAUCGAUCCAUCAUCAAUUCAAUUGGAGAUGUGGAGGAUUCACGUACAGAACAAAAUGGCGCACGUAUUGUUCUAAAAAUAAGAGGCAGAUCAAAACGUGAGAAACUACUUCAACUGUCUCAACUGGCUGAUGGUACCCGGAUCAAAACCUUCGAGCAUCCGUCGCUGAAUUUCUGCAAGGUGGUGAUUUUUGCCCCGGAGGUGAAGAGCGUUGAUGAUAAAAUCAUUUUGGAGGAGUUACGAGAUCAACACGUGGUACAGGUAGACCGUAUAAAAAAGAAGAAACAACAACAACUGGUUCAGACACAACGACAACUGGAUCGGACACAACGACCACUGGUUCAGACACAACCACAACUGGAUCAGAUACAACAACCACUGGAACAGAUACAACAACAAUUGGAUCAGACACAACGACCACUGGUUCAGACACAACAACCAUUGGAACAGAAACAACAACAACUGAUACAACAACAACUGGUUCAGACACAACGACAGCUGGAUCAGAAACAACAACAACUGGAUCAGAAACAACAACAACUGGAUCAGAUACCACAACCACAGGAACAGAAACAACAACAAUUGACACAACAACCACUGGAACAGAGACAACAACAACUGGUUCAGACACAACAACCAUUGGAUCAGAUACAACCACAACUGGAUCAGAUACAACCACAAUUGGAUCAGAUACAACAACAACUGGUUCAGACACAACAACCACUGGAUCGGAUACAACAACCAGUGGAACAGAAACAACAACAACUGGUUCAGACACAACAACCACUGGAACAGAGACAACAACAACUGACACAACAACCAUUGGAUCAGAUACAACCACAACUGGAUCAGAUACAACCACAAUUGGAUCAGAUACAACAACAACUGGUUCAGACACAACGACAGCUGGAUCAGAAACAACAACAACUGGAUCAGAUACAACAACCACCGGAACAGAAACAACAACAAUUGACACAACAACCAUUGGAACAGAGACAACAACAACUGGUUCAGACACAACAACCAUUGGAUCAGAUACAACCACAACUGGAUCAGAUACAACCACAAUUGGAUCAGAUACAACAACAACUGGUUCAGACACAACAACCACUGGAUCGGAUACAACAACCAGUGGAACAGAAACAACAACAACUGGUUCAGACACAACAACCACUGGAACAGAGACAACAACAACUGGUUCAGACACAACAAUUAUUGGAUCAGAUACAACCACAACUGGAUCAGAUACAACCACAAUUGGAUCAGAUACAACAACAACUGGUUCAGACACAACAACCACUGGAUCGGAUACAACAACCAGUGGAACAGAAACAACAACAACUGGUUCAGACACAACAACCACUGGAACAGAGACAACAACAACUGGUUCAGACACAACAAUUAUUGGAUCAGAUACAACCACAACUGGAUCAGAUACAACCACAAUUGGAUCAGAUACAACAACAACUGGUUCAGACACAACAACCACUGGAUCGGAUACAACAACCAGUGGAACAGAAACAACAACAACUGGUUCAGACACAACAACCACUGGAACAGAGACAACAACAACUGACACAACAACCAUUGGAUCAGAUACAACCACAACUGGAUCAGAUACAACCACAAUUGGAUCAGAUACAACAACAACUGGUUCAGACACAACAACCACUGGAUCGGAUACAACAACCAGUGGAACAGAAACAACAACAACUGGUUCAGACACAACAACCACUGGAACAGAGACAACAACAACUGGUUCAGACACAACAACCAUUGGAUCAGAUACAACCACAACUGGAUCAGAUACAACCACAAUUGGAUCAGAUACAACAACAACUGGUUCAGACACAACAACCACUGGAUCGGAUACAACAACCAGUGGAACAGAAACAACAACAACUGGUUCAGACACAACAACCACUGGAACAGAGACAACAACAACUGGUUCAGACACAACAACCAUUGGAUCAGAAACAACCACAACUGGAUCAGAUACAACCACAACUGGAUCAGAUACAACAACAACUGGUUCAGACACAACGACAACUGGAUCAGAAACAACAACCACUGACACAACAACCACUGGAUCAGAAACAACCACAACUGGUACAGAGACAACCACAACUGGAUCAGAUACAACAACCACUGGAACAGAAACAACAACAACUGGAUCAGAUACAACAACCACUGGAACAGAAACAACAACUGCAUCAGACACAACAACCAUUGGAUCAGAUACAACCACAACUGGAUCAGAAACAACAACAACUGGACCAGAAACAACGACCACUACCACAGAAACAACGACAACUGCUCCUGAAACUACCGUUACCAUACCUUCAACAACUUCGACUGCAGUUACUACAACGAUAG